CGCAGCCGCAGCCGCAGCCGCAGCCGCAGCCGCAGCCGUCCCGCGAUCUCCUCACCGCCAGCAUGUCUCUGUCCAGCAAACUGACCUUGGACAAGGUGGACCUGAAGGGGAAAAGGGUCAUCAUGAGGGUGGAUUUUAAUGUUCCCAUGAAAAACAAAGAGAUAACCAACAACCAGAGAAUUAAGGCUGCUCUUCCUAGUAUCAAUUACUGCUUGGAUAAUGGAGCCAAGUCUGUUGUUCUGAUGAGCCAUUUAGGCCGACCUGAUGGUAUCCCCAUGCCUGACAAAUACUCCUUGGAGCCCGUGGCUGCGGAGCUCAAAUCCUUGCUGAAGAAAGAGGUUCUGUUCCUGAAGGAUUGUGUGGGUCCAGAGGUGGAGCAAGCCUGUGCUAACCCACCUAACGGUUCUAUCAUUUUGUUGGAGAAUCUUCGCUUCCAUGUAGAAGAAGAAGGAAAAGGCAAAGAUGCUUCUGGGAACAAGAUCAAAGCUGAGCCAGCCAAAGUGGAAGCCUUCCAAGCAUCCCUGUCCAAGCUGGGGGACGUCUACGUCAAUGAUGCUUUUGGUACUGCUCACCGGGCCCACAGUUCCAUGGUGGGAGUGAAUCUGCCCCAGAAGGCAAGUGGUUUCCUCAUGAAAAAGGAGCUGACUUAUUUUGCCAAGGCCCUGGAGAGCCCCGAGAGGCCCUUCCUGGCCAUCUUGGGCGGAGCAAAAGUUGCCGACAAAAUCCAAUUGAUCAACAAUAUGCUAGACAAAGUCAAUGAGAUGAUCAUUGGUGGUGGGAUGGGUUUCACCUUCCUCAAGGUGCUCAACAACAUGGAGAUUGGAACUUCUCUUUUUGAUGAAGAGGGGGCUAAGAUUGUCAAAGACCUGAUGGCCAAGGCGGAGAAGAAUGGCGUCAAGAUCACUUUGCCUGUUGACUUCGUCACAGCGGACAAGUUUGAUGAGAAUGCCAAGACUGGCCAAGCUACAUUGGCCUCUGGCAUCCCUGCUGGAUGGAUGGGUUUGGACUGUGGCCCCGAGAGCAGCAAGAAGUAUGCGGAAGCUGUGGCCCGGGCCAAACAGAUUGUGUGGAACGGACCCGUUGGAGUAUUUGAGUGGGAAGCCUUUGCUCGGGGAACCAAAGAGCUAAUGAACAAUGUGGUGGAGGCCACUAAGAGGGGCUGCAUCACUAUCAUAGGUGGUGGGGAUACUGCCACUUGCUGUGCCAAGUGGAACACUGAGGACAAAGUCAGCCAUGUGAGCACUGGGGGUGGUGCCAGUCUAGAGCUGCUGGAGGGCAAAGUCCUCCCUGGGGUGGCCGCCCUGAGCAAUGUCUAAUGGACGCCACUUUCCUGCCUGCUGGUUCCUGUGCACGGCCCUUCCAACGUGACGCUGCAGUGCUUCCUGACCCUUUCCUUGGCAUUAGGCAAGUUUCUCCCUCAAGACUCAACCAGUGGCCAGAAGAUGGGGCCAUGAGAGCCCCAGAAGCAGCUCAACUUACCUUUGUGUUUCCUGGGUGUGCCUGUUGUCAGAUCUCACUUGAACUUAUUUAGCACGUCUAAACCAUUGUUGUGAUCUGUAGAGUGUAUAAAUAUAUAUAUAUAUAAAAUAUAUAUAUUUAUAUUUUGCCUUUAGAAAGAAAAAAAAAAACAAAGCUAAAGCUGCUGUUAGCCAUACUCUCUUGAAAUAGUUUGUUGUGUUCAGCUUUGUCAGCAGCUGUUUUUGUCAUUACCCACACACAGUAUGGAAACAAGAAGAAACUCCAGUUUGGGGUGGGGGGGAAGGUUGACCUGUUAAAUAAACAUUUCAUAAAAGUGCCAGCUCAAUUAAA